CGCAUUGACUCAAUUUCCCAUUCUGGGAGGCCACCUGACCCGACUCCAGAUCUGCUCGACUGCCCGACUUAGACUUACUUCGUGUUCGUCCGCUGGUCACUUUUCCUCCCCUGCUUUACUUUUACCCCGCAUACUUUUUUCUUCAUCUUUUUUUUACUUUUUAAAUCCCCCCCCCUUCUACCAUAUUCUCCUCCUACCGCGGAGAAUUAUCUCUUGCACCCGCAUUCACAAUACAUCCCCCCUCCCACUAUAACUCAUGACACAACAAAGAAAGACCAUUGCCGUGGUGAACGCUACGGGUCGCCAGGCGGCGUCUCUGAUCCGUGUCGCUUCGGCAGUGGGCCACCAUGUUCGCGCUCAGAUCCAUUCGCUCAAAGGCCUCAUCGCGGAGGAAUUACAAACCCUGCCCAAUGUCACUCUCUUCCAGGGCCCCCUUCUGGGCAACACAGAGCUGAUGGACUCCCUGUUCCAAGGGGCCAAUCUUGCGUUCAUCAACACCACCUCCCAGUCUGGCGACGAAGUUGCGAUCGGACGCGCCUUGGCCGAUGCCGCCAAGCGAGCAGGAACCAUUCAACACUACGUCUAUAGCAGUAUGCCCGACCACUCUGUGCAUGGACCGUGGCCUCCGGUGCCCCUUUGGGCUCCCAAGUUCACCGUGGAGAAUUACAUUCGUCAACUCGGUCUGCCCUCGACUUUCGUCUACGCCGGAAUCUACAACAACAACUUUACAAGUCUACCAUACCCCCUCUUCCAGAUGGAGCUGAUGCAGGACGGAAGCUUUGAGUGGCACGCACCUUUCGACCCGGAUAUUCCUCUCCCCUGGCUGGAUGCUGAGCAUGAUGUGGGACCGGCGCUGCUGCAGAUCUUCAAGGAUGGGCCCAAGAAGUGGAAUGGUCAUCGGAUCGCCCUCACAUUCGAGACGCUCUCCCCGAACCAGGUCUGUGCGGCAUUUUCGCGCGCUCUCGGUCGCCCAUGCCGCUACGUUCGCGUGCCCAAGGUCGAAGUCAAGGUCAACAUCCCGCCCGGCUAUCGGGAACAAUUGGAAGCCAUUGAGGUGGUGUUUGGACAGUGCGAUGCACCCUACUUCCCGCAGCCCGAAUUCUCCCGCCCUGCGGCCGGGUCGCCGAAGGGCCUGGGCCCAGCCAAUGGCAAAGGUGCGGGUGCGGGUAUGAUGCAGGGUCCCGGAGGGGUCAUAUCAUUGCGUGUUACGGAUGAGGCCCGGCACCUGUGGCAGGGCUGGCGAGACAUGGAGGAAUACGCGCGCGAAGUCUUCCCUGUGGAAGAGGAAGCGAACGGGCUGGACUGGAUGUUGUGAUGGCGCGAUCUGACGUGCUGUGUUGCACUCCGGUGAGCGAUGGGGAGGGCAGCCGCAAGGUCAAUUCAGCGAUGGGCGCGAUUGGCUCGAUAAAGAGGUUACAUCGAUUGUCUGAGCGCAAGCCGAAACCGGCCGGUUGUCCUGUCCCUCACUCCCACCGCUGCGUUCAGUGCUCUCUGGUUUUCCUUCAAUUUCUUUUCAUUUCUGAGUUUUUUAUUUCAUGCAUUACUGGCGAACUGGCCUGGGUCUUAUCUUUGGGAGACGGAAAAAUUAUACCAUAAUGGGAAAGACGAAGACGCAGGAGUGGUUGUCAUGAUGGGGCCCAUUUCAUCUCAUCUC